AUGAGCAGAAACAUGAACCAGUCACAACCUAAUAUGCGGGUUCCCAGAACAGUAACCACCAAUGAUAUUCAAUGGUAUCUUGAUGAGAACAAGAGGCUGAUUAUGGCAAUAUUUGAAAACAUGAAACUCAGGAAACUUGAUAACUGUGCCCAGUACCAAGAGCAACUUCAAAAGAAUUUAAUGUAUUUAGCUGCACUUGCUGAUUGGCAACAUUCACAAUCACAAGUCAUGCCUCUACAGCAAAUGAGGAUGCAACCAGAAUACUGCAUGCAACACCCUCAGGUUGCAGCAAUUGAUGAACAACCAAGAAUUUCCCCUCUAAAUAUGGCAUUGCAAUUUGCUAAUCCUCAAGAACAGCUACACCAGCAAGUAGCAUUGAGAGGUGGAUGCAUAGGUAAUGGUAGAAAUCCAAUGUAUGGUGAGAGUGGUUUUGGAGGUGGCAAGAAUGCUGCCUCAACUUCAACUGCAAGUCCAAAUGAUGCAUGUGAGGGAAGCUUGCAAGCACCUUCUCAUGGUGGAGAUGGCCAGGGAAACAACUCAGUUCUUCUGCAUAAUCAUAAUAAUAUUACUUCAUUUCGUCUUCGGAAAUAA